AUGGAGAAUCCUCAGAAUAGAAAGGAUAAAGUGUUUGAGAAGUUUACAUGGACCAUUACCAACUUCUCCACGAUAGACUCCAAGAAGUUGAGCUCGGAUACGUUUUAUCUCGAUGGCCACAAAUGGAAGAUUACUAUAUACCCAAAAGCGAAUAAGGGGAAGUCUUUGUCAAUUUAUUUGGAUCAUAGAUGUAGCUUCACUUUAGAGCAGUAUUAUUCGGGUUACAGAUCUUACAUAUCUUUGGAUGAACUUUGGAACUCUAGUCUGGGAUUCAUUGUAAAUGAUACUUGUAUAAUUGAAGUUCAUAUAUUGGUUGAGGAUGAGAAACAAAUUGAUGAAUCAUUGAGGAACAUCGACAAUAAGCUUGGUGAAUUGGGAGAUUUUAAGGGUAUAGGAAAAGUAAAGAGAGAUUUUAUUCCUUUAUUGGAAGAGGUUUGUUCACGAUAUCCUUCACUUAUUAAGAACAAGAAAAGAAAAAGUCAAGAAUUUAUUGAAUGGGCUUUUACCGCUCUUGGUAGAGUUCUCCAUUUUCUCAACACUAAAAAGGUAAGAGACAUGGACCAUAAUGCUUGCCGUUAUCUCCAAAGUUUAUGGGAAGAAGUUGAGAUAUUUGGAUUUGAUUUGUCAUGGUUGAAGCCUCAUGUACAAUCUGCAUUGGACAUGGAAACUCGUGUUGAGAAAGUUCUUGCUAUGAAAAGGUUGGAGGAGAAUGUGACUCAGAAAUUGGCUAUCUUAGAGAUGGAAAGCAAAGACUCUGAGAUGAUUGAAGCAAAGGUAGAUCUUGUGGCAGCAAGAAUAGACUUAGAAGAAAGUUUUGAACAAUUUGAUUUGGAUGCUGAACUUGGAUAUGGUAAACUAUGA